GUAGUGGCAUGACCUCUGCGUACCCACACCCUAUAUAUUUUGAGCAUAUGACACAAGAUUUCUCUGUCUGUAGGCGAGUAACCGUUCCAACUUGUCGCUCCAGAGGGCAGGGAUCCAGACGGCCUUUUUGCCUUUUUUUGAUAGGCGGCAAAUGGGGGUUUCGGAAGCAGUGGCACAACCGCAAAACCCCAAUAAUAGACGCAGGUCGUAGACAAAAUAUUGGGCCGUUGCCGUGAAAGAAUGAGGCGCGGGUAAGAAGGAUCCCGGUCUACAUAACCGUUGCGAAUUUGUUGCUGCUGCUGGCCACGAACUCAAAAUGCCGGUAUCUGGUUUGAAAACCCUAAGGAGGUAUACAGUUCAAAUUGACAUUGUAAUGACAAGGGAGGAAGGAGAUUGCAUUGAGAAAACCAAUACUGACUUUCGGUGAGCUGACUUCUGUAGCCAGCGAGACCCACCGAAAUCGCCGAUAGACGGAACUACGUAGAUUGGGUGGUGGAGAGGUUUUUCUUUUGAUGGCCUUGGUUAAAUUUAACCGUGUCUCCUAAAAAGGAACAUAAUCAAUGUCAAGUCGAUGCUUUGAUAUUGUGCCCUUUUAUACAUUUAUACACAUAGUUCAGACAAUACCUUUUCAUCACGAUGGCUGCUCCAAAGACCAUGAAGGCGGUUGUAUUCGAUGGACCGUACAAGAUCUCGGUACAGGAUCGGCCGGUUCCUCAGCUGCAGAAUGAUAAGGAUAUUAUUGUAAAGGUGCAUGCCAGUGGGCUUUGCGGAUCUGAACUCCAUGCCUAUCGUGGAAUCGAAGAAUUCGGAAGCGGGUUCAUCAUGGGACAUGAGUUCACUGGAACCGUUACAGAGGUAGGAUCGGCCGUCAAAACCGUCCAGGUUGGAGACAAGGUCGUAACGCCUUUCACAGUGUCCUGCAUGGAAUGUUUCUACUGCAAAAAGACUCAGACUUCUCGAUGCGAGCACAGCCAGCUUUUCGGCUCCGCAGCUCUGGACGGCGGCCAGGCCGAGUACGUGCGCGUGCCGUUCGCGGACGGAACCGUCGUCAAGGCGCCAGCCGAGUUUGCAGAAGACGACAAGGCACUCGUCUUGAUGGCCGACAUCUGGCCUACGGGAUACUUUGGGGCCUCUAACGCAUUCAAGCUCCUCGAGGCCACUCCUGACCCCGUCGUGGUCGUCAUAGGCUGCGGGCCCGUUGGGCUUUGCGCCGUGGUGGCGGCGCUCGAGCACAAGCCAAAACACCUCUUCGCCAUAGACGGCGUCGACAGCCGCUUGGAGCUGGCCAAAGGCCUCGGCGCAGAGCCCCUGAACUUUGUGACCGACAGGGAGGGCAUGUUCAAACGCAUCAUGGAGGUGAGCGGGGGCCGUGGAGCGGAUGCCGUAGUCGAGGUUGUCGGGCUCAAAGAUGCCUUGAGGACGGCCUUUGAUAUCCUGAGACCCUUUGGUGUCAUUAGCAGCAUUGGCGUGCAUAGUACAGAACUCCCUUGGACCGCGGCCGAGGCUUAUGACAAGAACGUGAGAGUCCAGAUGGGGAGAUGCCCUGUACGCGGCGUCUUUGAAGAAGCCCUUGAGUUGCUCGUCAAGAGAAAGGACAAGUUUAGCUUUAUGUUUGACAAGAUCUUGCCACUGGACGCUGCAGUGGAGGCAUAUGACAUGUUUGACAAGAGAAAGGUGCAAAAGGUUAUCUUCACACCGUAAACGGCGCCGUGUAUCGUUGUUGUCGGAGGUAGUUGUUUGCACGGUUGAUGCAGACCAGCCAGAGCCGAGCUCACCCAGAGUAGCUAGCAACUUCUGAUACCAUUUUAGCCUAGUCAAAAUAGACUCGAGCCUUAGUUUUGUCUGGGCUUGACGAUGCCAUCAUGGAUAACGUAGUAAGAAAUUGUCGAGUCGUCC